AUGGCGGGGCCCCAUGGCCUCGCUGCACCGCCUGAAAUCCAGCCGACGUCGACUUCCGCUGCCGCGUCGCUGUCACUGUCGUCGUCGCCGGUUUCAUUACCGUUCAGGAAUACUCAGCUCUUUCAGCUCGUCAUGAAGUGCAUGUCUUACAUCGCAGACAAUGCAAACGUCGCAGAUUGGUACGGUAGACGUGUCGGGACUUCCCGUACGGCGAUGAAUCUCGUAUGGUGGCCAUCAUUGUCUUCGGAGCCGUCUUCGCCAUCGAAUGAUUUCAAUACCGAGCUGACGUACUACACAGCUAUGCAAACGUGGGGCAUCGGCUACACGAUGUGCCAAUUUUGGCUGUGUGUUGACUACCUCAUGAGCAACGCUUCGGUGCUCAAUCUCCUUCUAAUCUCGUUCGAUCGGUACUUUUCCGUCACACGACCUCUCUCCUACAGACCAAGGAGGACAACACGGAAAGCCCUGAUCAUGAUUGCCUGUACCUAUAUCAUUUCUGUGAUUCUUUGGCCACCGUGGAUUAUUAGUUGGCCUUAUAUUGAGGGAAAGUUCACGGUGGAGCCAGGAACAUGUGUGGUGCAGUUUCUGGAGACGAAUCCUUACGUCACUGUUGGUACCGCAGUCGCCGCCUUCUACCUGCCAGUGACGAUCUUGAUCGUGCUCUAUUCACGAGUCUACUGGGAAACUAGGAAACGACGACGUGAUUUUGGAAAACUGCAAGCAUCACAGCACCCGACUGUGACGAACGAUUCAGUUCGUACUCACAGAUCAGUUUCGCAAAAGAUCAGAAAGAAGGUAACCACCAUGCAUGGCUCCCACUUCUUUCGGUCAUGCUCCCUCUCCUCUAUUGCCACAUCAUCCCAUUCACUUAACCGAUUCCCUCGGCGAUCAAUGCGACGAGACACCUCGACGAAUUCUUUUGCGAAGAACAACGAGCGUGGAUCAUUGAAGAAAGGCGCAUGGAGCGUGAACGAUUCCAAAAGCUCGAAUCGAACUAGGAAUCGAGUCAACUGGCUGAAGAUGUGCAGCACUCGGUCGCACUCUUCAUCCGAGGACAGCUCUGAGGCUCAAGUGAUGAACAUCGACGACACGUCUCUGUCUUCAUCUCUGUACACUGCCAAGAGAAAAAACACCAGUCCACCGCUCAGUCCCCUGCCAGCUAACGAUGAAACGGUUUCCGGUGAAACACAAACCGAGAACAGUCCACGCAGUGGUUCGAUGCGGUUCCGCACAAGACCCACUGAUAGGCCUACCUUUGAUACUUAUACGGUACUAAUCGAGCUGAAGGACGAGGGCGCUCGACCGAGCGUUCGUCUCAGCAACUGCGACACAGUCACACAAGAAGCGGUUUCUCGUCGAGAGUCUCGCUGUCGAUCUCGAAGCGAUUGCAACGUCGACUUGGCAGAAGACAUCAACCGUCAGACAAGUCUUAAAGGUAAGACGCUACAUCGCCUGCAAAAAAUGGUCGCUUCUCGAGAGUUGGGACGCAGAUCA